AUGGUUUAUAUUUUUCCUUUCUUUCUGUCGUUAUUUCUUUCAUUGAUUCAUUCAUCCUUUUUUUUUCUUUUUAUUUCUUUCCUUCCCUUUUUAUUCAAUGAUUCGUUAAUUUUCUUAAGCACAAAUUCCUUAUUAUUCAUCUUGCUUUUUCUAUUUAAAUUUCAUUCUUUAUUUUCAUUUUCUUCCACUUCUUACCUUAUUUCUUUCUUACUCGCUUCCGUUCCUUUUCCCUUCAUUCUGCAAAUAUUCAUUAAAUUAUUCAUCAACGACUUUCAGUUCAAAUUUAUAAAUCACUUCACACCUAUCUAUCUAAUUAUCUAUCUAUCUAUCUAUCUAUCUAAAUCCUAUCAUAUUUCACUCUCUACUGCUUUCUAUCAAAAUCUCUUUCUAUCAAAAUCUGUUCCUAUCUAUCUAUCUAUCUAUCUAUCUAUCCAUCUAAAUCCUUUCAUAUUUCACUCUCUACGGCUUUCUAUCAAAAUCUGUUCCUAUCUAUCUAAAUCCUUUCAUAUUUCACUCUCUACGGCUUUCUAUCAAAAUCUAUUCCUAUCUAUCUAUCUAAAUUUCAUAUCCAUCUAUCUAAAUACGUUCAUAUUUCUCUUGUUUUUUCUAUCAAAAUCUGUUUCUAUCUAUCUAUCUAUCUAUCUAUCUAUCUAUCUAUCUAUCUAUCUAUCUAUCUAA